CUUAUUAAUCGCAGAUUUAUCGCAUUGUUAAACAUUCAAUCGACCCACAACAAUCUAUCCAGGCAACCGCUCACGCGGCGCGUACAAUUCGCCAAACAAACAAACAUUUGAUUCAAACAACGCGGCGUACGUCGUGACCUUGAGCCGACACCACGCAACAUAAAAUCGAAUAAAAAUAACACACUACUCGCGGAACGGAAAUCUUUCGCAGUCACGUCGCCAGAGAAACGCGGACAGCACCACCACCACCACCACUGCUUUGGUGCAGCAGUGCAGUGGACACGGUGAUCGAAAUCGUUUCGCUUUCGAUUUCAAUUUCACGUGUCGCGGUGCAAAACAUGCGACAAUCACGCUCGUCUUCUGUCCGUCUGCACAGUCCUGCACAAUCAACGCCUACGCGCUUGGACCCGCUGCGACGUUACAUAAGUUGCCAUCGUUUCGACGAAUUUCCCGUCGUCUGUGUUUAUUUUUAGUGCCACUGUGCCAUCAUGCCACACUUAGCCGUGCCCGAGGCUGAUAUCGACUGUAAAAGCAUCGACAGCAUGAGUUCCUUCAGUGAUCUCUCCGCCACCGCCCACGCACUGCCUUCAAGCAGCACAAUCAGCACAGUAAGCACCCGUCCGCAAAUGGACGUCGUCUGUGUGAUAGACAUCAACGAAACGCACCAACUUGCACACCGAAAGAAAGCCUUUGAAGAAGUUAAACUUGUUUGUGAGAAUCUAGGCGCUAAUUUACAUCAUAUACAGUUUGAAAAGUUAGAUUUUGGUGAAUCGGAUGAAAUAAGCGGCAUUUACACCGCUGAUGUUGCAAUUGUCGAUGUUUCACUUGCAACUCAACAAAGUACACUAUUCUAUCAUCUCGGAGUUCGGGAAUCUUGCAAUAUGAAGAUGAAUAUAUUGCUUUAUAAUGAUGUGGAUCAACAGACAACGCUACGCGUGAAAUUAUCUAGUGGGAAUUACACUUUUGUGUCUUAUUCUCUAUCAGAAGAGGACCAGACUUGUUUGACAACAUCUGUAGGUUUUAAAAACGAUGAAAGUGUGGAAUUAUUACAACACAGGCUGAAGAAAUUGCUACAAGAUGUCGAAAUUCAGUGCAAAGCUUAUAUGAAAGAUAAAUUCCUCUCCGAUUUGAAAAAACUGCGCGAUCAGAAGAGCGGCGCUGAAUUAAAACACGCCCUACAUAAUAUCCGUAAACGUCUUGAUGAUCCCAACGUCCUCUCCGGUGAUGUGGUUCUCACAAUGUUAUUCUACUUCCGUGAUGAACAAGAUUACGACGCCAUGGUGCAACUAGUCGAUGACCUACACUCAAUACCAAACUCACGUAAAUUCAUCAACUCAUACAUACAAUUCUGGUAUGCAUUCGCUCUCAAUCGACGUAAGAAUCCAGGUGAUCGUGAGAAAGCCCUUCAGGUGUGUAUAAAAGCCCUGGAGAAAAAGGAGAACCACUUUCCUGAUAUGGUCUGUCUCUGCGGGCGGAUUUACAAGGAUAAAUUCAUUGAGAGUGACCACACGGAUAAAAACAGUCUGGAGCAAGCCACGCAUUGGUACAGGAAAGGAUUCGAAGACCAACCGAAUAUCUACGCAGGUAUAAACCUCGCUACUUUGCUGGUAAUUGGGGGCGCAGAUAUAAAAGACUGCGAAGAAUUACAACGCAUUGGUAUGGUGCUUAAUAAUUUGAUAGGUAAGAAGGGAAGUUUGAAUUCCCUGCAGGAUUAUUGGGAUGUAGCUACGUUUUUUGAGAUUUCUGUCUUGGUUGAGCAAUAUACCAAGGCAAUUCAAGCUGCUGAGUGCAUGUUUCGUAUAAAACCUCCCGAUUGGUAUCUGAAGAGCACCGUGGGGAAUAUUCAGCUUAUAGAUAGGUUUAGUACCAAAAGAAAAGAAGAGGAUCACACGCCUGAAGAACAAAUCUUUCAUUUUUGGAUGGAGUUUUUCUUGGAAGCGACUAAAGAUCCUUCGGAUGAAGCCAUACGUCUGCCUGCGUUGGUUCUAGAAUCAUCCAAAGAGUUAAUGCCUACUUACGUUUGUGUAAAUUUAGGCGCUGAUCAACCAACACUGCAAAUCACGAAUGUCUGCCUUAAAUCUCUACGAAAUGACUGCACACAAAUCCAUUCAUGGGAAUUCGUGCCUGAUAUGAUCCGUAGCGUUAGUUUCUACAAGCGGGACGAACGGUGUCUCUUUUUAUACGUCCAUCAGAACUCUGAUGACUUUCAGAUCUUUCUUCCGUCGGAGAAGUGCCGACAAAAGUUCUAUGACCUCAUCUCGACCUUGACAUCCGACAAAGAUGGCGGCGGUUUAAUGGAACUUGAAACUUCAAGUGAUAUUAAAUACGAAUACGAGAAGGAUGAGCAAGGCAAGCGGAAAGUUUUAGGUAAAGGUACCUAUGGUAUCGUUUAUGCUGCUAGGGAUCUCAAUACGCAAGUGCGAAUCGCCGUGAAGGAAGUGCCGGAGAAGAAUCUCGGUGCAGUCCAACCGCUGCACGAAGAAAUCCGUCUACAUUCACAACUACGUCAUAGAAAUAUUGUACAAUACUUGGGAUCAUUAUCCGAGGAUAAUUUCUUUAAGAUUUUCAUGGAGCAAGUCCCAGGUGGGUCACUCAGUGCCUUGGUACGUACAAAUUGGGGUCCUCUCAAGAAUAGCGAGCAAACAAUCGCGUUCUACACGAAACAGAUCCUUGAAGGAUUGAAGUAUUUGCAUGACCAGAAUAUUGUCCAUCGCGAUAUUAAAGGUGACAAUGUUUUGGUCAAUACUUACAGUGGAGUGGUGAAAAUUUCCGAUUUUGGUACGUCGAAACGUCUGGCUGGGUUGUGUCCAUCCACGGAAACCUUCGCCGGGACGUUACAGUACAUGGCACCGGAGGUAAUCGACAAAGGUCAAAGAGGGUACGGUGCGCCGGCUGAUAUCUGGUCGUUGGGCUGUACUGUCGUGGAAAUGGCGACUGGGAAACCGCCGUUUAUUGAGUUAGGAUCACCGCAAGCCGCGGUUUUUAAAGUUGGGUAUUACAAGGCUCAUCCACAGGUACCGGCGGAGAUGUCUGAAAGAGCAAAGACGUUUAUUUUGAGGUGUUUUGAACCUGAUCCGGAAAAGCGUUCCACCGCGCAGCAAUUACUCGAAGAUCCUUUCCUAGGCGACCGGAAAAAGUCGGUGAGAUUAAAUGCGGAGUUUAAUCGCAGUGUUUCCAUGCCUGCGGAUAGAGUUGUGGGAAAACCGCCGAUUUCCGGGAAGUCAUGCAGUGCUAACCAGACGCCAACAUCACCUGAAUCAGCAGACUCGGAAAGUCGAAGGCACUUUUUACAACCCAUUCAUAUACCCAGUCCCAGUUUGCUAUCAAUGAACAGUCUUGCAUCAACUCCGUCUAUUGAUUUAGAGAAUGAACAAGACUGCACACGCCGCAACUCGCAAGGUACACUUCUCUCACCGGAAGUGGAUGAAAAUGGCGAAACUGACGGUUUUUACAUGUUGAAAAAAGACUCACAACGCCGUCUGACACUUACCAAAGUCCUCACACAGGACGAGACGAAAAUCACUGAGUUGUGGAUGCAACGCAUCGAAAGCGAAAUCAAAGAAAAAACGUUAAUUCUUACCAAGAAACAUCUGGAGAUUUUAAUGACAGCGCUCAAGGAGAAUUUGAACGAACGUCCCAAUCAACCAUCGCAAGCAAUUGAACAAGCCGUCAAUCAAUUGAAGAGUGAAUUCGAUUUCGAUCAGGAAGCCAUCAUGCAGCUGCAAUUCGCUAUUUGUGUCUAUCAGUCGGUUGUUACAGAAGUUUUACGAAGUCACCAGAUAAAACCGCAUUGGAUGUUCGCGCUGGAUAAUUUGACUCGAUCCAGCGUGACUGUUGCAAUCAAUGCGUUCAAUCCAGAGAUUGAUAUUGUUGUACCAAGCGUGUCUUACUCAAAUUACAACGUGAUAGAUACUAGAACAAUAACUAAAACACAUGUGUACCGAUUAAUUUAUAAUUACGUUUGUAGUAACUUAAAAACAGUGAGGAUGUUUGGCGCACAGAACACUUUCAAUACACCGAACAAACCUACUGGUUUUGGUACACCUUUAAAUUUUGGAACACCAUCGACACAGUCACAACCCCGGCUGGGUUUUGGGACUCCAGCUCAAUCCACGGGCUUCGGCACAACCGGAACCACCUUCGGAGCCCCUGCUGCUAAUCAAUCUUUUGGUGGUUUUGGAUCAACAGCAACAUCCACCCCAGCACCUACUUUGUUUUCUUCUUUUGGUACACCAGCUGCUUCUACUGCUAACCUCUUCGGUACACCAGCCGUAAGUAAACCACUUUUUGGUAGUACACAAACGCCAUCCCUUUUCUCCUCCGGCGCCCAGACUGGCCAAGCGCAGCCAUCUUUAUUCGGUGCGCCAACUACACAAACAACACAAGCCCCGUCUCUAUUUGGUUCGACUACAACUGGUACAGCUCCUGGUUUUGGAACUUCAUUUGGAGCACCUGCAACUACACAAUCGAGUGUUUUCGGGACUGCUGCACCUACUAGCCUAUUUGGUACAGGUAGUAAUACAUUAGGUACCAGUGGUUUCGGUGGGUUUAAACCAGCCACCAGCGCGCCUUCCUUUGGAGGUUUUGGUACUACCAGCACAGCGCCCAGUUUUGGUUUCGGGGGAAGUGGAACCAGUACAGGUGGGUUGUUUGGGACGAGUACCCAACCACAACAACCCGCGCAGGACCAAAAUGCAGUAAAGGCACAACAGACCCUUGCGUCAUUUUAUGCUAUUAAUGUUUUCGGCGACGAGAGGGAUGACAUACUUAAAAAAUGGAACAUUCUGCAAGCAUGUUGGGGUACAGGGAAGGGUUUUUACUCUGCGCAAGCGCCACCGGUUGAGUACGAUACUUGUAAUCCUUUCUACAGGUUCAAAGCCAUCAGUUAUGUUGUCAUACCAACUAUGGACAACGCUGAUGGUUAUGUUAAGUUGGUUUUCAACAAAAAAGAAAGUGAAUUGAGUGGUAUGAAACAGAGUAUAAUCAACGGUUUGAACGGUGUUCUCGGCAAUAAACCGAAUCUCACGGUGAAUAUUAUUCACAUCAAAGCAGUGACAGACACAGAAAGCGAAAUGAUGAUCACUGUUAGUGAGAAAGGUGUGACUGGUACAAGCAGGAAGAUUCAAGCGGCUGAUCUAGCUGCGUAUUUUAAUCAAACCGCACAGAAACAGCAAUUGACCGGUGCUGGUGUAUCUGCGAUUAGCGCUUAUGUUGCACCAUCGAAAGCACAGCUCGAAGAGUAUCUCAAGGAACCACCGCCUGGUAUUGAUGAGCAGUUGUGGAAGGCUGCGCAGAUUGAUAAUCCAUUGCCUAGUAAGUAUCUACCGAUGCCAAUCAUGGGUUUUGCUAACCUGAAAAAACGUAUGCUGUGCGAGGAGUUUGAGACCGGAUUGCAUCAGGGUUUCUUAACGAAAGUCAAUAAAGAGAUUGUGGAAUUGAAAAAGAAACAUGCUGCAUCUUUGGCGCAGAUUGCGGAGCAGAAACAAAAGUUUCUGCAGCUGCAACAUCGAGUAUUAAAGAUAUUAGUCAAGCAGGAAUGCACGCGUAAAAUUGGUUUGGUGUUACAACCAGAAGAAGAAAUACUUAAAGGACGCUUGGAGAUGAUGUACACACAUCUUAACAUGCCCACACAGUUUAGGGGUAAAAUCAAUGAAAUGUUGAGCACGUUAAAAAUCGACUCGUAUUGUCAAGAUAACAUCAAACAACCGUACGGCAACAAAAACGAAGUGUAUAAGAUCGACCCCGACGGCCAAGAGGAACUCAAACAGUUUCUUCUUAUGCAACAGCGUGGUAUUGCUCAUUUAAUAUCAAUCGCCAAUCAAGACUUGGGUGAUUUGAAGGUCAUCACUGAAGGUAUGAAUCAAUUACUACGUAAUUGAAUUGUGGUACGAAAAAUAAAUAAAUUUACUACUUUUAUUAUCACAA